CAUUCACCACUGAGACUGCCAUGUGUGAACGAUGUUAAUAGAUCCUUAAUAAUCAUCCGAUGCUCAUCCAGUCUUCCCUUGCUUUAGCUUUUAGCAAAAACUGUAAUUGUUCAUUAACAAAUCACAUAAGAAAAACGCAAAAGCAGCAAGGGAAAGUGUUUGAUGGGAAAGCGACGUACAAGACACUUCUGACUUACAGGUCGGUUUUAAAGAUUAGUUUGUGUUUCGGUUCUAUAGAGACACUGGCUCUACCGCAAAUGGACCUUUUAUUUGAAAAGUGGAUGUCACAAAGCACCAGUAGUACUAUACCUGAUUGUUUUAGACAAUAACUCAGAUCAAUUCUCCUAAUUGCAUGAGAUUUAUCGGUUUGAAAUGUUGUAUUAAUGAAACAGCAUCCAAAUUUCUGAACUGAAUUCCCGACCACUGCAUAAUAGAUAGUGGGAAGUGACCACUGGCUGCACACAACAGAAUCCCAGCAGAUGCAGAAGUCUACUCAUCUACUGCAUUAUGAAUAGUGGCUAUUUGGACAUCCUACUCAUUUGACGCGCUGUUUUUGCAUACUACAUAGUAGUGAAAUAUGUUCGCGCGCGUGGGUGGUGUGUGUUUGCGUAUCUGUUUGAGUUUGAAUGGCUGUGUGCGCACGUGUAUGGGGACCUUCCUCUAAUUUCUGUCCCCUAAACCUCACUCAAACCGGUCUGCCUUUUUUUUUUUAGGUUUUAUUUAGUAUUAGUAUUAUUUAGUAUGUCUAUUAAGCUAUUUUUCUCGUGGGAGGUGCAGGCAAACACUGACUCACACAUACUGGUAUUUGUUGAUAGUCUGUCCAGCCGUGCGCUUUAGAUCCCAGUGCCCUCAAGCCAGAGAGUCACGGUGGCGCCGACUCUUCAUUUCUGGUGUCUGCGCUCCCACGGGUCACUCCAAACUCAAGAGAAGGGAAGUAUGGCCGCUUGUAACUUUAGCGGACUGAGAAGCAUUUCCCACCGUAUAUUUAUUAUAGGUCUGCCGGUGCUACUGCUUGUCCAACUACUGGUAAGUUUAACGGUGCCGCGCGCAUCUAGCGACGCGAGCGGUGACGAGCCUGCUUUUCUCGUUAUAAGCAUAGAGAAGAGUGUCAGCUCUGCGUCGUCUGAGGUCAGAAAACAUGAGCGGGAUUUGGAAACAGGCGUGUUGGGUCUCUGGACUGACGAGGAGGACUCAAGACUGACGGGAUACCAGGACGAAAACGAGCUUGAAGGACGCCAGGCCGCGGCUAGAGAGCUGAUACUGCAGCCAUGGGCAUCAGAACAUCCCUCGUUUUUUGCAGAGUUGCAGCGCCUCACCCAGUUCAUCACCACAACAGAGGUGAACUGCUCUGUGGUGCAGGAUUCAGAUGGAAAUCAAUCAACACACUCUCCUGGUCACUUAGAUGUUUUGUGCAUCAAUCACUGGAAGGGCAAAUGGGGCUGUGUGGCCUACUCAUUCAGACUGGAUGGGAAGGAUGCUGCAUUUUUAGACACAGUGUUGUAUGCGGGGUGUGAGGUUCAUCGGUUUGACCCCAGCGGUCGAGGGAGUCGAGAGCCUGCAUCUAUUAAGAAUCAUCGGGCUUGGUUAGACUGGAGAAAUCCACGCCGUCAUGCAGGCCUCGUGGGUAAUGUACAACACAGGCUGCUUGACAUUAUGGACUCCCUGGGCCACACCAUGGUGGAUGUUCUGCGUAUGGAUUUGGAGAGCGCUGAAUGGCGCAUAUUAGAAAGCUGGAUUAAGGAUGGAACUCUCAGAAGGAUCAAUCAGCUCAUUCUGACCAUUCAUAUGCAGUGGGCGGGGUUUGAGGUGGGUGGUGCCGAAGAGGAGGUGGUGCGAUUCUGGUACAGUGUACUGAGAGCCCUCCGCAUCUCAGGACUCCGACUUGUGCAUUCGGCACAUGGCCCGGGACACAUAGUGCUGAGACACAAACUGGCCGACUCACACAGCUCAUACACACUCAGCUGGAUAAGGACAAGCGAGCAGCCCAGAUAGACAACUGCAGAAUCACUGCAAAAGACACUUAGAUGCAGAAGCAAAACUCUAAUUCCAUGGAAAAGAUGACAGAUGUGUCUAAGAGUACUUUAAACUAAAACAGAAUCAUUUAAUGAGGCUGACGUGUUGAAUACAUACAAAUACAUCACAUUUUGAGAGGUAAAGUUGCAUUUUAGUAUUAUUUUGUUUCUCUGCACAGGCUUAGACAUGCCUUCUAGUGGUUGUGAACGGUAUUGCAAUGAUUCAACUAUACAUUUGUGCGCACAAUUAAAUAUAUGCUGUGAUAAUCCUUCAACACGUUAAUUGACGAAAUUGUUAUACAACAGGGCUACGUGCAAUAUUUUACAAGUGCACUGUUUUAUAUGAAAUAAACUGUACAGAAUAAAAUGUUUAUUAGAAUUGUGUCCUAUUUGUUUUUCGGUGAGUAAUGAAAUCCUGGGCUGCAUUUGAUUCACAAAAAAUGUUAAAGACAGAUAACGGGAAUUCCUUGAUCUCUUAUCACUUGUGGCUUUUUUUUCUCCUCUGAAUGUCGCCAUGUUUCGGAUUUGUUCGGACUGGCCCGAUGUUCAGGAAUGUUGAUUAGCCCUCCCCUCCGUGUAGAAAC